AGCUUACAAAUGUGCUUCUUAUAAUAAGAUAAUGCGAAAUAUUUUCGUAUCCUGAUAACAGAUGCCAUAAACCGUUACAUAAGUCCGAAGUUCUGCUUGCAGUAAACAGGCGCAUUUUGGAAAACGUUGAGAAAUGCAGAAUCCACGCAAGUAUACGGUUCUAUUCUGCUUGCUCUUCAUACUAUUCCCGACAAUAGUUGACGGCGAAAAAAACGGGGAAGAGCCAUUAGCAAUAUAUUUAGAUGUUGGAAAUGAAAUUCAAAAUGUUAUUAGUUUAGUCAAUAAACACGAAACGAAGUUAAACGAUUUCGAUGAUAAAUUACUAAGAAUUCAAAAUAUGCUGGAAAAUUUCGAAAAAGAAUUUUCGAAGUGGGAGCAAAAUUGUAUGGCUGCGCUGGAUAAAAGACAUGACUAAGUCACGAUGAUUGGCGUGGAAGGGAAUAUGGGCCGCACAUGUCGACAAUUAAAAUUCAAGAGGAAUGCCAUAAGAACUGUAGUAGGAGGCUAAAAGACUGGGAACACUAUACAAUGACCAUUGUAGGCACCCUCAAGAGGUAGAAAAAGAAGAGACUGCAGAACAUCUUCUAUGCGAAUGCAAGGAUUUGUAUAGGAAACACAACGCGACUGUCAGUUGAGGGUUUCUUGAAGAUGCCUUGGAGCUUGUCCAAAUAAAACUUUAAACUUCUUGAAUCGAUGAGCACAUUUCUAACUUCAGGUUCACUUUGUGCAAAAACUACUAUUUUUGGCGCUUAAAUUAUGUUAUCGGGAAGCGCUUAAUAUUGGUUAGUCGAAAAAGUC